AUGUCAAAGUGUACCAGUCCCAGCAAUAAAAGAGCCGUUCCUCAUGAAAGAAGUGUCGAAGGUAUCACAAAAUAUUUCAAACCAUUGAACGAACUUAUCAAUCAAUUAGUUCCAACAUCACUAUCAUCAUCGUCAUCAAAAUCAUCUCCAUCAACCACACCAACUACACCUAAAACAUCUUCAAGAACAUCAACUACACCUGAAACAUCUUCAUCAAGAACAUCAACUACAGCUAAAACAUCUUCAUCAAGAACACCAACAACAUCCAGAGCAUCUUCAUCAAGAACAUCAACUACAGCUAAAACAUCUUCAAGAACAUCAACUACACCUCAAACAUCUUCAUCAAGAACAUCAACUACACCUAAAACAUCUUCAAGAACAUCAACUACACCUCAAACAUCUUCAUCAAGAACACCAACAACAUGCAGAGCAUCUUCAUCAAAAACACCAACAACAUCCAGAACAUCUUCAUCAACAACACCAACAACAUCUGGGACAUCAAAAGUUCAAUCAAUUCAUGUCAACGAUGUUCCAGCAAAUAAUACAUCUGAAUCUUUAAUAUCCGUCGUCAACACUUCAUCAUUACUUGAUAAAAUUUCGCAUUUGUCAAUGAACAGCGACAAAGCAACAUUAUGUAAUUCUUUCCAAAACAUUGCGAUUACAAGUACAGAUUCAAUUUCAUCAAAUGAACCUGAUGAAUCUCUUGUGUUUUUCGAAUCAAAUGCUGAUAUCCAAUCAUCUGAUGAUCCUGAACAUAAUCAAAGUGAGUUUCAACAUGCUACACCUGAAAAUAGUGAAAUAAAUCAACGAGAUAUGUUAGCCACGUAUCUAUUUCAAAUUGAAUUUCACCUAAAAUCUUGUCAGAAUUUAAUCAAAGAUUCUACUCGAAAUGAUAUUUCACAUAAAGAAUUUGUUGAAAAGACUCGAUCGUUUGUUUUUGAAUUAAAAACUAUUCUUGAUUCACUUGAUACAACUUGUCAUGAACAAAUUGAGAAAAUGAAUGCUCAGUUUUCUAAUGUUGAAUUUGUAUGUCGAAAAUCAAAUGAUGCUAUAUCAAGAGAUCCUGCUUACUGGCCUACCAAUGGAAAAUUUACUGAAGAAGAGCUUCGAUAUCUAAUUCAUAAAGGUCCAAUGCAACCGGUAUUAAACGACUAUCCAAAAAACUUGUCGUUAGUUGCACAAAAAACAACGUGCAAAUUUGUUCCAAAAUGGUUCAAUGAAUAUCCGAUGUUGGAAUAUAGUGAAUCAAUUGAUAGAGCAUUUUGUUUUGCGUGUCGUCCUGGUUCUGAAAAAGCUGAUCUUGCUUGGAUUAAAACAGGACUUCAAUCUUGGUCAAAAAUGAAAGGGAAAGGAAAAGGAAAAAAAGGAAAAUUGGAACAACAUUUCACAUCAUCUAGCCACAUGUCAUCGAUGUAUCGUUUAUCUGUUUUCAAAAACAAACAUUUAAAUGUCGAACAUUUAAUAGAUGCAAAUCAUAGACUUGCAAGUCAAAAAGAAGAAUCAAUCUUUCAAAUAAAUAAAAAAAUUAUUGAAACAUUCUUCGACUGUACAUUAUUUUUGGCUAAACAAGGUCUUGCAUUUCAUCGUGAUCCUCAAGAACAUGGUAAUUUUAUUCAACUUAUUAAUUUAUUAUGUCGUCAUAAUCCACUACUGAAUUCAUGGUUUAAUGACAAUAAAUUUAAAAGUCAUCAUGUAACCUACAGGAGUGCUCGUAGUCAAGAUGAAUUUAUAGAACAGAUUGGUACUUAUCUUAUUCGUUUAAUUGUUCAACAAGUGCAGAAUGCACCCUUUUACUCGGUUAUGAUAGACUCUACUCCUGAUUGUAGUCAUCGAGAAAUUUAUUCAUUAGUUAUUCGAUAUGUUGAUAAUGAUUUGAAUAUAUAUGAACGUGUUAUUGCUUUGAAAGAAUUGCCCACAAAAACUGGUCAAGCUAUAUGUGACUUUAUUCUCACUAUACUUCACGAUUACCAAAUUUCAACUGAUUGCUUAGUUGGUCAAUGUUAUGAUAAUGCACCUAGUAUGUCAGGUUGUAGACGUGGAGUUCAAAAUUGUAUGAAAAUUGCACUUAAACGUGAUAUUAUUCAUGUACCAUGUGGUGGUCAUUCAGCAAAUCUUGGUGUAAAACAUGGUUGUGAAUGUUCAACUGAAUACAUUCGUUUUUUCAAUUUAAUCGAAGAAAUCUAUGAUUUCCUCACUAGCAGUAUCAAUCGUUAUCAUAAAUUUCGAACUCAAAUUAAUUCAUCAACAUCAGCUGUAACCGUAAAAAACUUAUCAAUCACCCGAUGGUCCGCUAACUAUGAAUCGAUUAAUGCUAUUUGUCGUUCAUUACCAGAAAUUAUCAAUACAUUUGAUUUAAUAAUUAGUCAUAUUGAUGAUAAAGUUAAUACAAAUGAAAAAAUUACACCAGAUGAUCGAAAAACAAAAGAACAAAGCAUUAAUUUACAAAAAGCUAUUUUGUCAUUUGAAUUCAAUUUGUUAUUAAAUUUUCUAAAUCAAGUAACAAGACAAACUCAAAGUCUCACCGAUCAUCUGCAAAAGAAAUCUCUUGAUCUUGUUACUGCAUCUCAUCUUCUUUUUAAUACAAAUAAAGUGUUAAUGGAAUGGAGGAAUGACGAUUUAUUUUUACAAAAUCUUAUUAAGGAAUGUGAUGAUCAAGCAUUACGUAAUGGUGUUGAUAUUGAAAAUGAAUUUGCUCGACAUCAUCAUCAACGACCACGUUCUGUGAAGAUUGAUUCGAAUUCUAAAACUGGUAUUCAUUUGAAUCGUAUUGAAUAUUACGCGAAGUUAAUGCGUGAAAUUUUGGAUUAUUUAAUUGUUUCAUUAUCUGAAUACUACAAGCUAAUUGAAGAAAAACUUCAACAUUUCUGUAAUAUCUUUCCUGGUCGUGUAAAUCAAUUAACUCUUGAAAAUGCUAAGAAAAUUUGUGAAAUUGUACCCGGUAUUUUGAGUCCUGAACUCUUAUACUCAGAAUUACAGCUGUUGAAAAAUGAUAUUGAUAGUUAUACUGAAAUGACCGAACUUAUCAAUAAAAUUAAAAUAAUUCGACAUGGAUAUCCAAAUGCUGCACGUAUUUAUCAAUUUCUUCUUGCAUUACCAAUAACUGUGCGACAAAUGAACGUUGUUUUUCGAAAUUAA